UGACAAGAAUGCCAAUGCACGAAUGAGGCCUGGUUUAUAUGGCAAGGUAUUUAGUGGCAGACAAAAUUUGCCUUCAGGCCUGGGUAUAAAACAUGUCCUAGUUACUUAUGUCCCACAACACAAUUUUCCUUUACCAGUUCCCACUCUUUUUGGAUAAGACUCAUUUUUUCCAAAUAUUUCUAUCAUUCACCCAACUUUACUCCUGUAGUUGGAUCAAUGAAUGUACAUCUAAUAGCCUCAUGCAAUGAAGAUAUACUUCCUAUUGAAACAAUCAGGCUAAGGUUUGAUUUGGAUGCUUGGUGGGAGCCCUCUCACCGUGCCCAGGUCUGCGUUUUAUGACUGGACUGAUGGGUUAUUUACAGACUAUAGAUGUUAAACCCUUGAGUUAAGUUUGGUCGCCAAAUCUCAAUCUGCCUUUGGUUUGGAUUCUAGAAGAUAAUUAAAAGGAAAUAUUAUUCUUUGCUAAUUUCAGGUGGUGUGAAGUUGGCCAUUUUGUAAAGUGGGGCUGCAAGGAAUCUCACGUAUAAACCAUGAAUGAGGCAUUUUCCUUCACUUCCAGCUCUUUCCCUUUCAAUUUAAAUUGCAAAUGACAUGCACAAGAACUUAAAGAAAACAUUGUUCGGAACCACCCAUUAAAUGCUAUAAAGCUCCCUCUACUCAAGCAUGUGAAGCAAAAAGAAGUGAAGCCAAGCAUGAGAGAAGAGAAAGAGAAUGCAGAAGAGAGGGUGGUCGACAUUAGUCUGAAGGAUCUCUCUAAGAAGCUUGAGGAAUUUGCCAGGGCUAGAGACUGGGAAAAGUACCACAGUCCCAGGAAUCUACUUCUUGCCAUGGUUGGAGAAGUAGGAGAGCUAUCAGAAAUUUUCCAGUGGAGAGGAGAGGUGGACAAAGGCUUGCCAAAUUGGGAAGAAUCCGAUAAAGAGCAUCUCGGAGAAGAACUUUCUGAUGUGCUGUUAUACCUCAUUAGGUUGUCUGAUAUAUGUGGCAUUGAUCUUGGUGAUGCUGAUACCAAAAAACUUGUUAAGAAUGCAAUCAAAUACCCAGCCAAGGUCUUGUGAGACAACCUUUUUUCUUGCCUGAAAAUUUUGUUCUGUUCACCUUGAAAAAGUAUAAUUUUAACUUCAUUUUCCUUCUCAAUGGCUAGCCAAUGUUUUACACUUUCGUUACCGUGACUACA